CCCACUCACUUUGUGACCGGCAGCACUCCUAACUUCUAUUAACACUUUAACACAUUAACAAAUUGUAUUGAAAUAGAAGGAAAAAACAACAAGUGGAGCUUUAAUUCCAGCAAGACUCUGACACUUGUUUGGAUUUUUUUAAAGUUUUGUUCACCUGAAGGGCUUUUUUUCCCCCUCUCCGGUCCCCUGACACCGGCUCUUGCUGCAGCUUCUGCCCGCCCCCGGCUCCUUCCCGUCCGGCCAUGGGCUCCGUGUUGCCCGGCUCCUCGCUGGGCCUGAAGUCGGGCUUCAAGCCGCACCAGCCGCUCUCCCUGGCGGACAUCAUCACCUCGGACAUCCUGCACAGCUUCCUGUACGGCCGUUGGAGGCACGUGCUGGGCGAGCAGCACCACCAUCUCCCGCACCAGCAUCACCUGCAGCACGAGGACCGCACCACCCCGAGCGCGAGCCCCAAGACCGCGUUCACCGCUGAGGUGCUCGCGCAGUCCUUCUCCGGAGAGGUCCAGAAGUUGUCCAGCCUGGUUUUACCCAGUGAGGUGAUCAUCGCUCAGAGUUCAGUCCCAGGAGAAGGUUUGGGUAUUUUCUCUAAAACAUGGAUUAAAGCUGGAACAGAGAUGGGACCUUUCACCGGACGCCUCAUCUCACCUGAACACAUCGACCUGUACAAGAACAACAACCUCAUGUGGGAGGUGUUUAACGAGGACGGGACGGUCAGGUAUUUCAUCGAUGCGAGUCAGGAGGACCAGAGGAGCUGGAUGACUUACAUUAAGUGUGCGAGGAACGAGCAGGAGCAGAACCUGGAGGUGGUUCAGAUCGGCAGCAGCAUCUUCUACAAGGCUGUGGAGACAAUCCCUCCGGAUCAGGAGCUGCUGGUCUGGUACGGAAACUCCCACAACACCUUCCUGGGAAUCCCUGGAAUUCCUGGAGGAGACGAAGAACAGAGCAAGAAGACCAAAACCGAUGAUUUCCACACCUGUGAAGGCUCCUCUUCCUCCUCCUCCUCCUCCUCUUCUUCCUCCUCUUCCUCCUCCUCCAGUCUGGGCCGCAUGCGUUGCGUCAUCUGCCACCGCGGCUUCAACUCCCGCAGCAACCUGCGCUCCCACAUGCGCAUCCACACGCUGGACAAACCGUUUGUCUGCCGCUUCUGCAACCGCCGAUUCAGCCAGUCAUCCACGCUGAGAAACCAUGUCCGGCUGCACACCGGUGAGCGCCCGUACAAGUGCCACGUCUGCCAGUCGGCGUACUCGCAGCUGGCCGGCCUGAGGGCGCACCAGAAGAGUGCCAGGCACCGGCCCACAGGAGACGCCAGCGCUGCGGUGGGAAGCGUGGUGUUGCACGCUGCUCACACAACUCACUCACCUCCUCCUCACCCACCACAGCUGACCACCAUGCCUCAUCCAGCAUCACUGGUUCACCAUGUACCCACCAUGGUGCUGUGAUAGGGGGUAGACAGACAGACAGACGCACCAAAUUACAGACAGACAGAUAAACAGAAACCUCUUUUAACUUAAAAAAUAUUUGGACAAAAUAAGACAGAAAGGUGUAUCACCAUCAUUGAAGAACAUGACUGGAAGUUACCCUGGUAGCUAGGUGAAUCGGUCCAAUUGCGGCUAAGUGUCGGCACAUUUGGCUGUGUUCUGGUAGCCCAAUUCUGACAAGAGGCUCCUGUUAGUGGCUCUCACUCCAGCUUUUGGCCAGAGUCAGAACACAAAAUCAGACCAGGUUACUUUGGCUGAUUUUGGCAAAUCAUCAUGCAGGACCAGUCGUUUUCAGAUAGUAUUGUUACGCUAGAAACACAAUACAUAGUAUUGACCGUUCAGAGCAGAACUAUUACAUCAAAAAUGUGUUGCUUUGUAUCAACAUGCCAGAAAUCACCUCAAAUGAGGAUAUGCUUUCCAAUCUGCCACAAAUAUUUAAAAGCUGAGUUGUUAGUUGACUUUCUAGAACAAAACAGCAGUGAGCUCACUUAUAUUCUGACUUUCAAUCUUAAAUAAUGUGAUACUGAAUUCUGGCCGGCAGAUGUUAACAAAACACUUCAAAUCAAUUUUCAGCAUAUUGAUUCAAUGGGGUUUGGUGCUUCAGAUGCAGAUGCAGAGGCACCAUAUUCAGGGCACUGUUGGACUUGGAUUUGAGCUACCUGGGUAAUCAUUUCCAAAGAAAACUCCACUCUCCAACAACUAGACGGCUGUUAGCUAGAUGACAAGUUACAUUCUUUAAACAUCAAAUCAAUCAGAUUGAUCAGAAGUAAACUGAACACUAUCCAGACAGAGGAUGUUUGUACAUUAUAUGCAUGCACACACACACAUUUAUUAGAUAACAGACACACUUAGAUAAGCAUAGACACACACACAAACAGUUCUUAAUUAAGAGUUUAAGAGACACUCUGAUAAUGAUUCAUAAAACAGUUGCAUGAUGGGACACAGUGUUAGCCUGUGACUCCAGUAUAAAUCAUGUAUCUGUGAGAAGAUGAUGUCGUGCUUUGGUUUGCAUGCAAAUGGUUCUCUGUUAAAGGUGUGUGUGUUGAAAACCAAGAGGCGUUACAGUCUGAGCACUGAGGCUCCUUGACAGGAAUCCUCUGAGUUUCUGGUAGAUCGUCCUGUUGAUCAGUUUACAGAAACAUCCAGUUAUUCCCAUGCUAACAGCUAAGCAUACAUGAUGCUAAAGCUCAAUAUAUAGUUUCUGUGUCUACAUAGCUGUCAGGAUUUAUAUUCACCAACUGCAGGUGUGAACAUGUAUGUAGUACAGACAAAUCAGCCUUCAUAACUCAAGGAUAUCAAGGCCUCAACACUUUGGCAUGUAUUUGGUAAAAUGCCCAUCACACCUGUAUUUAAAAGUAUGUAGAAAAAUCUUGGUGACUUUGGUGAACUUUGAUUCACAAAUUCAUGAUAAUUAGCAUACUGUCUUGACAGAGCUGACAUUUGAGGGAACGCAGCGCCAAAGAGUCCAAAAUGGGGAAAGCUAAAGUAUCGUAGCCGACUACCUGUUUUGUUUAUAGCUCACUUUAUUGAAGCUGCUCCAGAGUACAAACCUGGUUUACACACAGUGAGAAGUUCAUGCUAGUAAUAUGACUGUUGACUAAAUUGUGUAAAAUGAUUGUGCUAUUAGCCACCUGUAGCCACAACGUCACCAAGAUAACACAACAUUGUUGCAGAAGAACACAAGGAUAAACUUUGCUGUGACACUUUCUGUGUGACCUGGGCUUAAUGUUAGCUUAAUGUUAGCUUGCACCAUAUUGAGUGAGGUCACAGAAUUGUGUCAAUGUUUGUGUCCCUUUUUGAGUAGCAUCGGGCCAUGCUCUCACUUUAACAUGUUGAAUUGUAUUAGCAUCAAAGCUAGCACUUUAGCACACACCUUGGUGAUUGAAAACCUUGUGAAAAACUGAAAUGAAAAGUGAUAGUCAGCUUAAUGCUAACACUUAGCAUAAACUAUGUGGAGUAAUAGGCUACUAACUCCAAAGAGGUUUAAGCACUAUUUUUUUUAUUCUAUAUUAGCUUGAGUGGUGCUAUGCAUGGUGCUGCACCAUGUUAGGAAUAGUAUGGUACAAAGCACCAAAGUCCAAAAAAGAUUUUUUAUCUCAUGUACACAUGAUAUUAAAAACAAUCUUCUUUUGGGACUCAAUGUAAGCUGCAUGCUAAUAUGUUAGCAGAAGUGAACAAUGUUGGCACCUUUUUACUGACCAACCAGUAAAUCUACUACAAACUCAGCAGAUUCAUUUAAAAAAGCUCAUCACUUAUUAAAUUUGGCAAAGCCUAAAAUAUUUGCUUUUAUUAUUAUUAUUAUUAUUAUUAUUAUUAUUAUUAUUAUUA